GCGUUCUUGACCUACGAAGACCUCAGAUGUUCGCAUCCCAAGCACUUUGCAACAUGGAAAGCUCAAACAAGAUGCCGUCACAGACUUCGCUCUUCCAAGUCUACUUGCGCUUGCGACCACCUAUUCAACCUCAGCAGCCGAAGCAGAAAUGUGAACCAUGGCUCAUUGUCGAACCUGCAGUUCGCCAGUCCGAAGACGCAGACAAUUCUUUCCCUACGCACAUCACCCUUCAGCCUCCAAAUGACUCGAGGAAGCGUGCCAUAGAGAGGUUCGGUUUCACCAAGAUCUUUGAAGAAGAGGCGUCGCAACUUGCUGUGUUUGAGGAGACAGGAGCGGCAGAAACAAUCAGAAGCAUGUUACAGUCUGGAAGAGACGGCCUUAUUGCCACACUCGGAGUCACUGGGAGUGGGAAGAGCCAUACCAUUCUCGGAUCGAAGUCUCAGCGAGGCCUGACGCAGAUGACGCUCGACGUGCUCUUCAGAUCAAUUGGCGCGAACAUUCGACGACCACAUCACCCAGACCUUCCCACAGACACGAUGCUGCUAUCGUCUCUUCAGGCCUCGGACGUUUCCGAAGCGCAGAUUCUGUCAGCAACAACCUUUUUAGAGUCGAUUUAUGGCGAUAGCGACAGAGGAAGGCUAUCAAGAGCCCAGACACCCAUGUCAAGAGCACAAACACCCAUGAUGGACUCCCACACUGUUCGAAGACCACUCUUACCCCGACCGAGUACAUUCCCACAACUACCAGACGUCUCGUCAUAUUCGAUUGAAAUUGAGCCUCAAGCAGAGUAUGUGGUUCUUGUUUCAAUGUAUGAGGUGUACAACGAUCGUAUUUUCGACCUCCUUUCCUCCCUCACAUCCUCCACUGCUCCAGCGAUGUCCACAAGACAAGGAGCAGCUUUACAGAAGGGUCUUCUCCGACGGCCAUUGUUGUUCAAGAACACGGAGACGUCACCGGACCGAAAGGUGGUGGCAGGACUUCGCAAAAUCAUAUGUGGCAGCUAUGACGAAGCAAUGUUAGUACUCGAGACAGGUCUCACCGAAAGAAGAGUUGCAGGAACAGGCAGCAACAGUGUCAGCUCGAGAAGUCAUGGCUUCUUCUGCAUUGAGGUCAAGAAGAAGACUCAGAUGCAAGGACAUGCUGCCUAUGUGAUGCCGGCAUGGACUGGCGGCGCCAUGUCCAUCGUUGACCUUGCGGGAUCUGAACGUGCCAGGAAUGCCAAAACCACCGGAUCGACCCUUGCCGAAGCUGGAAAGAUCAACGAAAGUUUGAUGUACCUGGGUCAGUGCUUGCAAGUUCAGAGCGACUGUCAGCAAGAGGGCAGCAAACCAAUUGUGCCGUUUAGACAAUGCAAGCUGACCGAGCUGCUGUUCUCAAAUUCGUUCCCCUCAUCAAGCCAUCCUAGCACCUAUCGUCCACCACAAAAGGCGGUCAUGAUAGUGACAGCCGAUCCUUCAGGAGACUUCAAUGCAACCAGUCAGAUCUUGAGAUAUUCCGCCUUGGCUCGCGAAGUGACGGUCCCAAGAGUACCGAGUGUGACGAGCGCGAUCCUCGGCGCUCCCGGCCACGGGAAGGGAACUCACAGUGGUCGGACUACGCCGCACGAGAUUCACAAUAGUUACUUCAGUGCUCAAGAAUUGGAGCAGGCAACAAACGAAGCCACCAGACUUGCAGAGGAGUGCGAUGCAUUGGCGAUCAGAGUGGCCGAGGAAGAGAUCAAAAGAACCGAGGCAGAACUGAAGCUACAGGCAGCAGAGGAGAAACUGGUGGCUAUGGAACAGGAAGUGCGAGAGGAAUGCUGGACAGAAAUGGAGCAGCACUUGGAAGACGAGAAAGAGAGAUGGAGACAGGCUUGGGAGAAGGAGAAGGUCCAAACUGAGACGUUCGUGGAUGGCAAGCUGGAGAUUCUGGAAAAGACCACAAAGAUCACCAUCCACGAAGACGUCUCAAAUGGGAGAGUCGAGGAACUCGAAAGAGAAAACGACUCGCUUCGAGCCAAACUUCGAGCAUUGGAGCAAGAAAUGCAGACGAGAAGUCCGACGAAGAAGUCUCGUGCAAUAGCGACAUCACCUGUCAGAGGAUUGAUUUUGCAAGAGACGUCGAACAGCAAUAUUGCGACGAAUCCGUUCUUGGCUUCGUUGAGAGCUCGGGACAGCGAGGCGACGAUCAAGCCGAAAUCCAGCGAGGACGAUUUGCGAGUGUCUGAGAUAUCGCCCAAGAAACUGUCAUUGAGGAGUUCGAGUGUUACGCGUGCAACGGCGGAAGCGCAGCCACCUGCCACAGUGAAGAAACAGCGCAAAUUGACGACGAGAAAAUGGGAUUUGGGCGACCCUGAGGGUUUUUGAGCGAGUCGCUUUGCUCUCGGGUCGUGUGUGAAUGUCUGUCUGAUGCAAAUAUCAACUGAAAUGCAUAGCGUUGGAUGAAGAUGUUUGGGUGUUGGGUGUCUUGGUGUUGGGUGUCUUGGUAGACUCUGCGAUUGUGACGGGGUUUUGUAGUGGAUCUCAUAGGAUGUCAAUGAUCCAAUCUUUCGACCUGG